AUGCAACAACCUUCCAUUCAGCCUACGUCGAAAAUAUCGCCAAAGACGACUACAACAAUGCCGCCGAAAUCAGGUCCGAAAUCUAGCGAUGUCUCCAGGUCUGAACGUGCUUCGGAGCAAACAGUAUCUAUCCAAAAUUUGCAUUUCCCGACAACAUGUGAAUCGAAAGGCGUUUUCAUAGUUCAUCAGAAGGAACAGAAGGAGGCAUUUGAGAAAAUAAGUUCAAAGUCGGACCAUGGGCAAAAAAUUCGCGGCAUUGAUUUAUCUACUUCGACAAAUUCACAUUUUGACCAUAUGAUUCUUUCCGUGCCGAAAAAAUUUCGGGCCAAAAGUUGUGGCUCUUCGUCGAUAAAAUCCGUCGACAUUAGAUCUGAGACUCUAACAACCCCUCAUCAUUCGACUACUGAGACCAAGCGCAACAAAUUGACUUCCGAAGCCAUGAUCGAUACCGAACACAAAAGUUCGCACAAACCUGAAGAUUUUCAUGGUCCCGAGUGGAAGCGUCCUUGCAAAGAAAGCUUUGUAGCUGGAGCACCUAGAAAGUUUGUUGGUACUUGUCCUCAUAACUAUGAGCUUCUGUCUAAAAUGUCAUUGCCGAAACAAAAAUUUUUUUUGACUCAAGAUCCGCGUAAGGUUCAUUGUUUAGUCAAUCCAGAUGUCUUACGUACUAAAGCGUACUCAAAGAAGAAAGAAUUCGAUGCUCUCACCAAAAUGGUUAAACAUGCGCAAAACGUUUGCGUUGCUGCGGCUUCUGAAUCUUCCGAAUCUUUUGUAUGCGAGGUGAUCGAUUUAGAAAAUCCCUUAAAUUUGGAUUUCCAGGGCUUAGACUAUGCAAAUACCUAUCAGAAAGAUGAGCAAGACUUGCAAAAUCAGCGAAACUAUCGACGCGUAUGUCGACAUUUAGAACGUAAACGUGUAAAGGAGGAGACAGCAGAGCGGGUGGAACAUGAAUUGCAUCGGCAACGGUUAGAUAUACCUCCCCGAUACGCUGUACGUGAUCGAAAUGUGGUCCCACCUCCUCCGGUCAGUGAGGAGCCUUUUAAGUUAGGAAAACUUUUUCGAGCUGGCGAUAAGCCCUACAAUAAAAUGCUAGUAAAACAAGAAAGAGAACGGCGGAGCGAACGAUAUAAGGAUUUGUAUUUGAAGAAUAGGCAAAGAAUGUUGAAAAAUGAAGAAAAAGACGAGCACAAGAAGGCAAAAGAGGGAAAACAGUAUGGUAUGACAUUGGCCGAAAGGAACUUUCGGUCGUUCAAGGAUCAAAUCGAAAAUGCGAUUGAACGCAGUUUCAAAACAGAAAUGCUGCUGAAAAAGCCAGAGGUACAACGACGCAUAUUUCCACACACCAUACGAGAAACGAAAAUUUUUAAACGCGAUCUUAAAGCGCACGAUCGCAUGCUACGAGAUGAAGCCCGUGUCAAGCGAGAUUUUUAUAUACAGUAUGUAGGCAAAGAAAAAAAUUAUCCUGAGGCUGAUUUGGAAAUUAGCAGUGACAGCGCACUUUCACACGUGUCUAGACUCACCGAGCAAUCAUCUGAUGACGAAGAUGAUAUGGUAGUUGGAAAGGAGGGCAAUGUUUUUAAAUUGCGUGGCUUUCACUUUAAGUUGGGUGAUACGGUAAGAGGUAAAUUUCAUCAGCGCGAAAAGCAGCAAGGCAUCCGCAAAGAGAAAGGCUGCAUUACCCGCGAACAAUGGUUAGGUGAAUUGGUUCCGAAAAAGGAAAAGGUUAGGGUGGAUGUUGAUGUAGGUAUACAGAAAUUGCGAAGCCCCGAUGAUCCCAAUUUGGAUCUUUUCCCGCCGAAAUACGGUAUGAAAGUGCCCGUAGUCAAACAGAGCGCUAUCAAGGAAUUUCGUGAUAAGCCCUUGGGACGGCAUUACGAGCGUGUAAUACGCAAGAGUUUGAAAUUUAUUAAACCGCGAUUACGUUACCGCGUGAAGAAAUUCGAUUUAAUUAGUUAUCGUUUUGGUGAUGUGGCUAAAAGAUUGGCGCAAAUUAAAGGACCUUUACCAGAUUUGAAUACACGACAUUUAGGUUUAAAAACAACGGCUGAAUAUAUACAAGCUAAGGCCGAGAUAGAGAGACGACGCCAAAUGGAUAUUAAGGAGAAGCGACUAAAACUUUUGGGCAUUCCUUGCAAGUUUGUCAGGAAAUCAAGUCUUCAAACUAAAUGCGAAAAUUCAGAGAGCAGCUCUGAUUCGGAAUGGGUACCCGAACGUGAGCCUGAUUAUGAUGCCGAAAUGGAUGAAGUGCAGCGCAAAGUAGAAAGAGAAAAAUUUCUCGCUAAGAUAAGACCAAUAAGAUUGCGAACCAAUAUGCCAGCACCGAAAUAUCGCGAACCCACACUUAGACAACAUCCCAGACGUAGGCGAGACUAUGAAAACUUACGAGUACCCUCGGAAAUAUUUGAUGAUGUCGUUCAAACGACCAACGUUCCACAUAUGUCUCACCUACCACAAGAUCAUAUUAACUAUGCUAACGUUGCUUUAAGCAAGCGGCCGUUUACUGAUCUAUUUAAUGUUCGUCACCAUCACGACCAUUGGGAUCCCACACAGAUUAAGCGCGUGGACGUUCAUUACAAAGCGAAAGUGGUGAGACCUGAAAUUACAAAGACGAAAGAGAAGGACGAAAAUGGCACAGCAGAAACUUUUGAUAUGGCGAAUCCACCUUGCAAUGCAUAUGUCAGCAUGGACUUGACUUUACCAAAGUGGGAUAUAAGUCGUUUAAUUGCUGAACAUAAUCAAAGCAGUAAAAAAAAAACCGAUGUUCUGGACCGUAUCAAACACAAAGACGUGUGCGACUUAAAAGACAAAGUAUUCCGGAGCCGUGAUUCCCAAGAACUAAAAAGCUUGGACUAUCCGGGGCGACAGGAAUAUUUGCAAUUUUUACAUGAUAUCAAAACAGUCGUACAAGAUAAUAAGAAAUCAGAGGACGCUGGUGAGCGUUUAUUCGUGGAUAGAGUAGCGUUGAUACGUGAAUUGGAAGAAGACCUACAAAGUAUCGAGACUUGUUUGACAUCAUUAAGCAGUUCAGAAUGCACAAAUUUCACCAACGACAGCGGAAGUUUUCUGCUUAUGGAGGGCAAAGAGAAGAUACCUUUGGAUUAUAUACGAAAAUCGUUAGUUCCAUUUGAAGAAUUGCAUCGUUCGCGAUUUAAAGCAGAACCUAUAGAUGUGAGUAAAGAAGGUACCAAUCCGUGGGUAGUUUUGCCAUUUUCAGGUCAAAAAAAAGCUCAAGCGGAACUAAUAACACCCAAAGACAGCUUCUUUACAUUCAAUACACGACUUAAGAAUGGUUUACGUCUCCGUUUGGAGGUUCCUGUUGAAGAUGUGCGAGAAAAACUGCUUGGCCGUGGCGAAAACAAAUACAAGGGUGUUGUAGCCACCGAUAUUGACGAAAACUAUGUGGAUGAACUGAAAAACCGCCCGCCUAUUAAAAUGUACAAGUUUAAAUCAAGUCAUACUUUUAUUAAAGACGCACUUCGUCUCAAGUUUGAAUGCAUGCUAAUACAAGGACAAAUUGUACGAACUAAAAUCUAUGAUCGUUUAAAUGAACAACACUGGGCCGACAUGCAAAGAGUAAAUAUACUUUACAAAAAACUUUUUGCCAAAUGGGGCAAACGUGAAUACGAAGCCUCAAUGGGAGUGGUUUAUAAGGUGAAAUCCUAUUACGAUCAAACAGAUCGUCUAAAAGCGGAGUUUCGAGAGUUAGAACGUCAAUCCGUAAUCCUCAAUAUGGACAUUGUGUUUAUCGAGGGCCAUUGGAUAACUUGCAUAAUGCUACAAAAUUUUCAUUACCUGAUGGCCGACCAGGAAUGGCGUCUAGAACAUGAUUGGAUACAUAUUAAAAAGGAUGAGAACGGCGAAUGUAUAGAAUUGGAGAAUUACGAAGAAUCGAUCAGUAAACGUAGUACAGUCAAUAUGCGAGUACGCGAAAAAGACGACGCUUGGGCCAUUAAAGCUUUCUAUGAAAAUGUAUAUUUGGCGAAUAAAUAUCCAAAUUUGAUCGUAUUUCCAAAUGCUGAUAGCUUUCUUCGAGGCAUUGAACAUUUGAAGGUAAAAACAUUUGUUCUGCUUUUGGAAAUGCAUUUUACGUUGGCCAUACACACAGAAUUGCAGCAUCGUCUGGAAACGUUUCAGGAGUGGUGCGUAGAUGAUUUAACAGAAAAAGAAGAAUAUGUUGACCGGAAAUGUGCAAAAUUGUACUUCAUGGAAGAUCGCGCCAGUUGGCUGCGAACCCGCACUGUCAACUUUCUAGGUGAACCGAUUGCUCUUUCUUUUAAUAAUGAAACUGCGAACAAGGAUCGAGCUGUUAUAUGGGAAGUUUGGCGUGAAGUAGUGCCACCGAACAUGAGAGGAACCGGUGAACAGGAGUUACAGCCAAUCGAUAUGGUGGCCAUGAUAUCCGAUGUUGUUAUGGAGUUAAUAGCCAAAUUCGAAAAUAUCCCAAUGGACGUAAGUCAUAAAAUUGAAAAUAAUUUGCGUACUGAACGAGCCUAUCGCGAGAAGCAGUCCUAUCAGGCCUAUCACAUUGAGCGACGCAUAGAGUCGGAAAUGAAGAACGUUGUCAAGAAUUUACAGCCACCCUAUGAAAAACCGAAAGUAAUUGCCAAGCCGCCGCGCUAUAUUAUUAAAAAGCGCCGCAAACUUAUUGAAGAACCCAAACCAAAAGUAUCCGAGCGUACCAAAUUUUUCUUCCGCGCAUUCCAUGGAGAAGAUGAAGUAAUGCAAAUGACGGAUGUACGCGAAAGUAUCGCCCAUGUUGACAAUAUACAAAGACAAAUCGUACCAUUCUAUUUCGAUCAUUUCCUUAAAUUAAACGGUUAUACUCCUAAUUACAACUUUAAGACACAAGUUGAACUCCGUGAUGGUCCUGAAGUGGAUCGCUUAGCAGUGCAAACAAUUAUACCGGAGGUGAUGACAAAGCUGGAACAGUGGCAGAAAAGGAAGAGAAUUAUCAUGGAAGAACACAUCGCUGGCAACCCCAAAAUGUACGUUGACGUUAUAUAA